AUGGUAAUUAUCAAAUUUUAUGCCAGCCAUGUCAAGGAGUUGUCUGGAUUCUGGAACUCCCUACAUGUGUGCUGCUUUGCCGUGGCUGAGAACCAGCGCGCUGAAAAAGAACCUGGUGAAUUAACAGAUUCAACACCAGUCUUACCAAGAACUUACGGGAGUUUGCUUGGAUCAAACACUGCUCCAAAAAUGGAAUGGCCCGAGUUAGUAGGGCUGACCCGAGAGGAAGCAGAGAAAAAGGUUAAGGAAGACAUGCCAAGAGUCCAGAUUCAGGUGGUAGAAGCUAAUCCUUUUGUUACCAUGGAUUUCAACCAAGGACGGAUUCGAUUAUAUCUUGAUUCUUCAGGAAAAGUUCAGAGACCUCCAAGAAUUGGCUAAAACAGCUUCUCUCCAUUCUAAAUUAUUUACUAUAUCUAGUAACACGUCCUUAAUUUUUCUUAAUGUGUUCCGAAAUUGUACAUCAGUUGUGAACUCUUUGCCAUAUCAGUUUUUGAUU